AUGGUUAGAGCACAGUUCGAACCUUUGGCAAAACUUUGGGGAGUAAAAAAUGAAAAAGUACCAGAGCUAUUAAACAGAGAGGCAAAAUUAAUUAUGAUAGACGGUAAAUUACAACCGUUAUUAAAUAAUUCAUAUUUUGGAGGAACAUAUAUAGAUGUAAAAGUGAAUAAAAUAAACAUCAAUACUGUUGACCAAUCUAAGGUCAAAGAAGUGAAAAAUUCUUUACAAAUGAAAGAAUAUAAAAAUUAUUUAAGAUUUAAAAAAGCAAUUAACUCCUUGUCACAAUUAAAAUCCACAUUCGUCAAAAUAGUUAAAUUAGCACAAAAAUAUAAUAUUAAUAGCAAAAUUGGUAUCGAACCCGAAGCUAAUAAUGUUGUUAUAUAUUUAAAAGAUAAGAAUGAUCCAAAGAACAAGGAGUUUAUUAAAAAUGUUAAAUUUUUCAAACCGAAAAUAGUCUAUUCAUCUAAAAAGAAAAAAGGAAAAAUGGUAUUAAAUUCAUUCAAUUCGUCUACUUUGGUGGAAAAGAGACAAAUCAAUCAAAUUGUAUUUGGUGGAGAUAAAAUUACCGCAAACUAUGGGCCUUGUAGUGCAGGUUUUUGGAUGAAAGAUCAAUUUCAGCAAGAUUUUCUAUUAACCGCAGGACAUUGUGCCUAUCCCUAUAAUGAUACCUCACCAAAAUUGUUUUAUCGUUAUUAUAGUAAUUUGGCUGUUUUAAUUGGAUCAAUGGAGAAUUAUAUGGUCACACCAGUUGAUGUUGGUUUUAUCAAAAAAUUAACGGUAAACUCUCAUAUCAGAGUAGUACCAAAUAUACGGAAUAUCAUCACUACAGGUGUGGUACAUCCGAUAUAUGUAGAGUAUCUUAUUAUAGGAAGCGUAGACAUAAUUAGUGCUGGUAUUCAUAUAUGUAAGUCGGGUUUUGUAACCGGUAUUACUUGUGGUUAUGUGAAAUCACUUGAUGCAGUCAUUACAAUUAGACGUGGAUCAGAAGAUAAAAUAGGUGGCUUAAUAACGACCGCAUACUCUUAUUACGGUGACAGUGGCGGACCUAUGUUUCAAUUCAGUUACACGAUACCUUUCGUAUAUGCAGUCGGUAUACUUAUAGGAGGUAGAAGCAAUUCAUAUGAAGCUGAGUCAUAUUGUGAACCAAUAAGAACAGCUUUUGAAUAUGGUUACACUCUUGUUCAUUAUCCACACUAA